AGCUGUGUGACGUUGCUAUUGCGAACCGGGAUCAUGGCCAAACGGUUCACCGUCGUUGGGGAUAAUGCGCGCCGCGUCAUCAUCUCUGCCAACCCCAAUGACACUGUGUUUGUCAUGGUCAAGGCAGCGUGUAGCAAGCUGGGCGUGGAACCUGAUGGACGAACGCUGCGUCAUCACAAGACAGAGCUGAGUCUUGACGCAGUCUUGCGCCAUACAACGCUGCCCAACCAAGCCACACUUGAGCUUGUACAGCUGACUGGCAACAAGGCUGGUCCUGCGCCAGUGCAAUUGGCCGUUCAAUUGGAGAACCGGCAGCGUCUCAAGCUUGACGUAGACAAUUCGCUCACGCUGCGGACCAUCGUGGACCUUGUGCAGGAACACCACCCAGCCCCCGCCGAUGGCAGCCCAGUGUUUCGCUACCUUCGGCGCGAGCUGGCAGGCCCAGAGCUGGCGCUUACGCUUCAAGAGGUGGGCAUUGCCGGCCGUGCUCUGAUCAGUCUAAAUUACGCCUCUCCAGCGGCUGCGACCAGUGAGGCAAGCUCG